AUGGCCAUCACUGAUGACAACGCCUUUGAGCUACCAAAACUACGUUCUUCAUUCAUCCUAGAAAAUGAUACAGAGUUUCUGGAAAACGAUAACGUUGCUGAGUUCUUCGAUGUCAAGUUUUGUCCCUAUCAACCUUUGGAUGCACCACCUGUCUUUGCAGCCAUCAGCAAAAAGCAUGUCGUUAUCUGCACACUCUCUCAAACAACUGACUCCAAUCCAUGCGAAGUUCUUUCUGUGAUAAGAGAUGAUGAUGACGAGGCUUCUGCUUGCUGUUGUACUUGGACAAAGGAUCCGGAAACAGGAGCGCCCUACCUUUGUAUUGGUGGAGUUGAUGCCAAAGUCAAGAUCUAUGAUGUUGUGAACGGGAAAUUGUACAGGUGCCUUACUGGUCACGGAGGUGACGUCAAUGACUUAGCGACUUCGCCUGCAAACUCUUCUAUCAUUGCCUCAGCCUCAGGUGACACAAGUAUUCGUAUCUGGAGUCUUGAUCCAGUCCAUGCCAACCGCCCAUGCUUGGUUAUCCUUGCUGGUGAAGGCCACUCAUGGGAUCUUCUCAGUGCAUUCCACGAUACAGGACGUUACCUUCUCUCAGCGGCCCACGACCAAAUUAUUAACCUGUGGACACUUCCCGACCUGCCUACCGAGGCAAUCCAAACUCCUGCUCGAGUUCACUAUCCUCACUUUUCCACAUCAGCUGUUCAUAGUGGGAUCAUAGACUGCGUGGCAUUCUACGGCGACUGCAUCCUCUCUAGAGCAUGCCACGACAACGUCAUUUCUCUAUGGAGAAUAGAAGGAUUUUCGUCCUCAAACCCGCCUCCUGCCGAGAGCGAAGCACCAACAGCUCAGACUACCGUUCCAACUAAUUACGAGGAAGCGAGUCGUCUCACGCGUUCGGCUUUUGUUCCCACAAUCUCCCCGCAGUGUCCAUCGCAGUACACCAUGUUGCUUCAGUUCUAUACCCCCAACUGUGGCCCACAGUUUUUUAUGCGGUUCAAAUUGCACUUUGUACCCGACCAACAUCCCGUUCUGGCUUUCUGUAAUGCGGCCGGAAACGUGUUUUUCUGGGACUUUGAACGUUUGGUGGCAUAUCGCGAGUUUAUGGAAGCGCUUAAAGACCCUGCCAGGGAUAAGAGCAAAACGCUCCCUCACCCCAGCUGGAUGAGACCAGUAAAGGGUCGUUCCAAGUCGGACUCCAAAGGUCGGCAUGGAGGCGGUGAAAAGGACGUUCCGAGUACUUUCCGUGCAGACGCUAUCAAAUUAAGUGAAGAGAUUAAGGACUAUAACGCAGAAACCCUCGAGACCUGGGCGUCUAGGUACAGUCAAGACGAUCCUCAUGAGCCUCUGAAGGCGCAUAAGACAGAGUCAUCAUCGGCCAACUUUGUGGGUCGACAGACAGCCUGGAGUCCUGGCGGAGAGUGCUUCUAG